AUGGAGUCUGGAUCAACCCCGCCAACGGACAAACAGAUUCGCGAAAAUGAACAAGACGGGACAGGACAUCAGGGCAAGCUUCUUGCUCGGCCCACAUCGACAAGACAACAACAACAACAACAACAACAACAACCAUCUCAUUCAGUCAGUCAGUCAGUCAGUCAGUCACCCCAAACGCAAGACUGUCUUACCAUUGUUGCCAACAUGUCGGCCGACCAACACCUCCAAGCUCUCACAAAGGUUGUGGUGAACAACCUGGAAAAUCAACACGACUGGACUCAGGUCCAGAUACACAUUCAGGACAACCUCCCUCGACCUCUCAUCUAUGGACUCCCGCCAAAGCGCCUCUAUGUGCACCCCGAUGAGCAGAUCGACAUCAUCAGGGCUGAGAAGCAGUUGAACCAGCGUGUUCCCCAGGAGCCUGAGCUGGAAUGGGUUCUUCCGCUGCACCUGGCUGAGAAAUGGUCCAUUAGCGACUUCGCGGCCGUCUUUGAUGCCAUCACGGCCCUCCCUCCCGGAGGCGAGUCUGUGAACGCCAACGAGGAUGCCCAGUGGCAGUUAUGGAGGGGCCCGAAGCGUGGCAAGCGUAUUUUGCUCGCGACCGUCCAAGAUGAUUCAACUGUUACGUACUACUGGAUGCACAACGGCCUCGUGAAGCCUAGACAGAACUGAGAGAGUUACCAGGCACACCAAAGUUCCGCAUCCGUCGGUGCAUUGCGGUAGUUGUCUGUCUGUCUAUGGAAGUACUUGUAGAUGGCUAGGCUAUUUGGUCUCCCCGACGUACUCUACUCAUGCGUAUGACAUCUCCGGCGCGAAGAAAUCAUGGCUCCUAUUCAAGGUGUGAAGAUCACCUUCUGUACCUUCAUGUUAUCAAAGAGAUCAUAUCCCUCGACAGCCUCGGCGAGGGGCAUGAUUUUGUCGUACAUGAAGCUAUAGACGACAGAAGGUCAGCAUCUUGUGUCAACAUUUGUACAAACCAACAUAUAUUGGUGCUUACCCAAACUUGUGCUGGUUUCUACCCAUCACCUCCAACGCUUCCGGGAAGAUGGACCGCACCGGACAUCGGCCCAUCUGUACUCUCAGGUUUUUGCUGUUGCCGGGAGAUUAGCCAAACCAUCCAUUAUCCAUCAUCUCACGAGACAGACGAGGCACGAAGGGGAAAUCUUACUUAUACCCAUCUUCACCCGACCAAGGUAAAUCAUAGUGUCCCUGGACACCAAUACUGCUGAUCACUCCAAACGGCCUCAAAAGCUCAUACGCCGUCUUGAGCGCCGGCCUGCUUCCCACCACCUCAACCACCGCAUCCGCGCCCCUCCCCUCCGUCACCUCCUUAAUCCUCUUCACCAUCCCCUCCAGCCCAACACCUCCCUUCUCAACCUCCGCAAAGUUCAACGGCUCCGCGCCCAGCUCCUUCGCCAACGCCAACCUGCUCUCCACACAAUCCACAGCAAACAAAUGCUUAGGCUUGUACUCCAGCGCCGAUACAACCGCGCAAAGCCCCACAGGUCCACAACCCACCACCACCACCGUCGCCUCCUCCGGGUUCAGGUCAUGCAUCAGUUUAAACGCGUUUUUCGCGCCGAAAUAUCCCGUGGGGAAAAUAUCCGCCAUCAACACCAACGCCCUCUCAUCUUCGAUCUCGGGCGGGGCCACGACUGCGGUCCCGUCGGCAAGGGGGAUGCGGACGUACUCGGCUUGUCCGCCGUCGAGCCCGGGGGAACCGAACAACAAAGAGGAGGCACAGCGGGAGGAGAAGCCGUGAAGGCAGUAGAAGCAGGUGCCGCAGGAGACGGUGAAGGGGGCGACGACCUUGUCGCCUACUUUGAUGGUCUUCACAGAGGAGCCGACGGCGUGGGCGACGCCGGUGAAUUCGUGGCCCAUGAUGAAACCUGGGGUUGAGGCCUCGCGGCCGCGGUAGGUGUGGAGUUCACUUUGGGCAGUUGUUGGUUAGCGGUGGUCGGUCAGGGGUGUGCUUUUGGUGAUGGAGAGAGGGGGAUUGAUCGGUGGCAGUGAGGCAGGUGAAAGGGAGAGGGGAAACGGAGAAGGGAGGUAGGGAGGAUAGGUCGUGAUGGGGUGAGAUACUGGGUGAGGUGUGUAGCAUGUUAUACUAAGCCUAGGAAACCAAGCGCAGAGGAUAGAACCUACGAGCCACACAGAGCAGUCAUCUGCACCUUGACAAUGAUGUCCCUAGGAUCUUGCACUGUUCAAUCAUUCAUGCACUCACGUUAGCCCAUGUCACACA